AGCAGAAUAAAUUAUUUAGCAGUUCUUACUGAAUUGGGCCUCUUCCCUCUGGCGGCUGCAUUUCCGUUGAACAAGUGCGACAUGCCGUCAUGCAAAGAAGGGCCAUGGAUGUGGGUGACCGCAACGCUGGUAAUGUGUUCAGUGUUGUCGGUGCAGCAGAGCUCAGUGUACGCCAGUACAGCGGUGGACAGCCAGGUGCGCGUCACACUGAAGGAUAACGGCUACAUUGGCGUCACUCUUGCCAUCGACCCUCAGCUCGAUAUCCCUGUGCCGGACAGAGGAAGCUUUUUGGCUGCAAUACAGACGCUCAUGACUCGCGCGUCAGCGUCGCUGUACACGGCCACGCAGCAGCGCGCAUACUUCCGUGACGUGACCGUCGUGGUGCCGUCAGACUGGGACGUCGGUGCUGAGGUCGACACGUCGGGGUUAUCGUACAGCAAUUCCUUGCUCCGCGUCACCGAUCGCAGCUUCGCCGCCGCGCCAGUGAGUGAAGGGGAGAGUGGCAAAGUGCUGGCGCAGGAAUGGCUGCAGCUGCGUUACGGUGUCUUCCCGGAGCAUGGCUUCCCUGGAGACGCGCUCUACCCUCACGUGUACGAAGAUCCUGUCGCCAACACCACCCUGCCCACCAGCUGCACCAUCCUUAAUGAGCUCUCCUACUCCUGGGUUGACAGGUCUGGUGCGACUUGCCAAGCAGACGUUGCAGACCCCGAUUGUCGGGCCCUCCUGGACAGUAAGCAGACCACGGCCACUACAUCCAUACUCUUCUCGGCAGCUCUGGCAACCGUGUCGGAAGCCUGCACAGACGACACGCACGACGCGGUUGCCCCCACACAACACAACCGCCUGUGCGGUGGCCGCAGCGUCAUCGCCGUCGUUCUGGAGCAUCCAGACUUCGCGAACGGCAGUAACAUGCCGGGAGCGGUGAUGGAUACCACGCCUCAGUUCAGGACAUGCCAGAGCCAAAGCAAGCCGCUCUUUCUGCUGCUGGACGAUUCAAUUCGGCUCGACCCUCCGAACAAUGGCUUCGCCAUCUACAACACAUUGCGGGACACUCUGAGGACGUUGUUACACGCCCAAACAAAUCUCAAGAUCGGACUCAUGAAGUUUGACAAGGACAGUACAAGUACUUACAAUAACACCGCACUAACUGACGUAUCAUCGCUGGACAUCGAAGACUUUCUUUCCUUCAUCCCGAGUGAGCUACGAAAAAAUGAGUACUAUGUUGGAGUUUCCAGCGCGAUGGUGGCGGCAGCUGAGCUUCUCAAAGACGAGGGCCAAGUUAAUCUUCUUUUAGUGCAAAUUAGUACCAAUGUAGAUGUCACCACUCCUGACUUGAGCUCUUACCCUGAUUUGACGGUCAAUGCGGUCCUGCACCAUGAUAUGCUCUACAACAAGUGGAUAGAAGCGAUAGUGAGCGACAGUGGAGGUGAAUUUCGUUUUGAUGCCUUGAGUCGACCAUCAACCAGCGCCAGCCUCUUGGAGAAAUUGGCAGGGGACGCCUCGACCGAUUUUCUCAUGGAUACAAGCAGAGAGCUGGCCGUGUCGGAAGAUACGACAGUCGCUAUCGACAUAGACGCCUCUACUGGCCAGACUGCGGUCUUUUCGGUCUCCCUUCAACAAAUUACGGGCUCCAACGAAGCAAACGUAAACAUUGAAACGGAACUUGUUUCGCCAGCUGGUGACGAAUUCAACUUUACUUCGUCUCAGUUCGUCUCAUAUGCCGUCGUGACUGACGCUGAAACUGGGAAGUGGUUGCUCACUGUAAGAAACGCCGGACAAAGUAAAAUCUUAGUAUACUUGACUACCACAUCCGUUCAGAGAUCAACUGCCUCAACUCAAAUUUUCAAUUCCUGGACAAACGCAGAUUUUUUCUCUACAACCCAAGAUGUUGGCAUGAAGCCGCUGGUUGCGUUCUUCUCGGCCUUCCAAGAUGAGAAACCUAUCACAAACUUGAAUGUCAGUGGUUCCUUGAGGUCAUUGUCGGGCACCAACACAUUUCCAUUAUUCUUCGUGGAUGAUGGAGUUGGGGACCCUGACACCACAAAACAUGAUGGGAUUUAUACGGCCUAUGCCACUGGUUUUCCAUCGGGCGGAGAAAGCAUCGUACUCGACGUCUCAGUCGCGUCUGUGGACACGAACGCAGCCAAGACAGUAAUUCACAAUUACAGAUCAGCUCCUAGACUUCUUCCCUCACUGCCUUUUGACCCGGAACCAUGCUGCGGGUCCGCCGUCCCGGACGGAACGGGUGUCCAAGUGAAUAGCUUCGUCCGCUCCUUCAGCUCUUUUGCACCCAUCAGUUUAUCAGGCACUAGCGGCUACGAUCCUCCGCCCGGUCGCAUCAGCGACUUCGUCCUUGUGGACGUCAACGAAGGACCCGACGUGAUGGCUGGGACAGUCCUCGUCAGUCUCAAGUGGACCGACACCGGCGACAACCUCAACGUGGCUUCUUCAUACGAACUCCGCUACAACGAAGACAGAAGUUUGCUGUCGUCUAACUUUUCGUCGGCCAUUUUGGUGGAAGAGGCUGACCUCGAAGAUGGUGACUUGACACCUCGCGAAUCCGGCACGCCUCGGACGAUCACAGCGCGGCUACAGAAGCAGCCCACCGGCAGCACGGUCUAUUACUUGGCCAUAAAAGCCGUGGACGCCGCCGGUCAGGUAGGAGAUUUGAGUCCCAUAGAGAUGACAGCAGUGUCGCCUGGUCACGAUUUCACCACAACCACUACAACUACAACCACUACAACCACCACAACGACAGCUCCAACGACGGAGACCACAGCAGCGGCGACAACUGACACUGGGUCUACUGGAAGUCUCGUUACGGGGUCUGAAGUGUCAACUGUGACCUCUUCAGGGUCUGGGUCUACUUUGACCUCUUCGGGGUCUGGGACAACCCCAAGCACCAGCUCGACAACUCCUGGCACAUCCAGUGAUGGCAUCACGACGACCGAAGCGCCCUCCGAGUUCGUGGGAUCAACAGGCUUCUGGGUCCUGAUCGCAGUGUUGGUGCUGAUAGCCCUGGUGCUCUGUUACCUCAUCUACCGCCAAAAGAAGGCAAAGAAAAGUCAGGCAACGAGUAAUUCAAUUUCAAAGGAAAACCUGAACUCCCGGAGCUCGUCAGCGACAGGUAAUAGUGAGGGGACCUCACGGUUUGGCUUCCCUGGAGUGCUGGAUGACCAAGCCAGAAGACCAAGCCUGGGUGCCCACGUAAUGCCGGUUAUACGAGAAGCUUCCAUCAGGUCAAAAUCAAGCGAAGACAGUAGCUCAGCUAGUGAAAAAUCACAAGAAGCUUAUGAUGUGCAACAGGAAAAUGAUCCAAAAUCGAUUGUUGAACCCGGAGAAAAGCAGCAAACAAACUCCGAAAACUUCGACGGGUCCAAACCAAAGGCAGACUCGAUACAAAUCCAGCAAGUUUCAUCAAAACCAAGGUUCUCAGUUGCUGAAUUCACUCAGCUGUAGUAUUGUUGUAUAACGUCAACCUAUGUACAAUUGUACAUCCAUGUAGUAUAAUUUUUUUUAGGAAUAUGAAGUGUAGUAUGAUAAUAUCAUUAAUUUUACUAUUCAUAAAUAUAGUCCGAGAGCUUUUAGUGCCUAAUGUUCAACAUUACAUAUUAAUAUGAUGGUUCUAGAA